AAUACCAAUGGCAAUCUCAACUACCCUUUAUUUAUAUAUAGUAGACCUCACUCCCAACCCCAUCAAAUUCGUGUCAACCUUUACAAAAAGAAAGAAAGACAGAGCAAUUUGGUUCUCCUUCUCAUCAACAUAACAAUGGCGAUGGCUUUCAAAAUGGCUACUACUGGGAUGUGGGUAACAGAGGAGUGCAAGAACUCUUUCAUGGAGAUGAAGUGGAAAAAGGUACAUAGAUACAUAGUUUUCAAGAUCGAUGAAAGGUCGAGACUUGUUACAGUUGAUAAGGUUGGUGGUCCUGGAGAAAACUAUGACGAUCUUGCUGCUUCUUUGCCCAAUGAUGAUUGUAGAUAUGCUGUCUUUGACUUUGAUUUUGUCACUGUUGAUAAUUGUCGCAAGAGCAAGAUCUUCUUCAUUGCAUGGUCUCCAACAGCAUCAAGGAUAAGAGCAAAGAUGCUAUACGCAACAUCAAAAGAUGGGUUGAGAAGAGCUUUGGAUGGAAUAUCAUAUGAACUUCAAGCAACCGAUCCAACUGAAAUGGGAUUUGAUGUAAUUCAAGACAGAGCCAAAUAGAUGCCCCCUUUUUCAAGAUUGAAUCAGACUCCUUAAUUAUGUGCCAAGCUAAUCAAUUAUUCCACCAAUCUUACUCUUUUUUAAUAAUUAUUAUUAUAAUCAAGUAACUCCAAUCCAAUGACUCUAUGACAUGUGAUUUUUUUUUUAUUGUGUAGUUUAGUUAAUUAUGUCGGGUUUUGGCACCAUUGUGAUGUAAGUGGGGUAUCUAAUCUUCAUUCCUUAGUCAUAAUGAUAAUUAAGUUAUUGUAUAUGACUGUCGGGUGUAUGAUAUGUUAAGGGCAACUAACCCUUUGGUUAAAUUACUCUUUUAAUUAUGAAAAUUGUUGAGAGCAAUCAA